GUGAACCAUCGAUCAGUCGAUAACUCACCGGGCUCGGUCCCCGCGUGCCUCGCGCUCGCAUUAUUCAUUAUCUGGCAAAUAAUUAAGCUUGUUAUGAAUUUGUCUUAUCUGCAGUGAUUUGAGGCAAUCAAAACUUUUAUUUAUUUAUAAACAAAAUUGUAAGUGUCGUGUCGAAUAAACAGGAUUUUUUGGACGUGAUAGUGUAUGAUGAGAAUGAUGGGUGAAGGGGAGAUGGUCUACGGGGACUAUUAUAACUACGACAACAGCUGGUCUAUAAUACCGCCGGACUAUGGCGCCGACAUGGGCUACCAGGUGCGACAGCCUCAAAUCGAGGAAGAUUACAAAUACAAUUCUUAUGCGUUGCUGGACAGCAUGAAAAUGCCAGGUCAGAGGCCCGGGUUCCAGAUCUCGGACAUCCUCGGGCUCAACGAAGGCAAGGGCUUGGAGUCGGCGCCGACGCAGGGCGCGCUCGGCGGGUGCUCCUUGGAGCUGCCUCCGUAUGCUCCCCCCCACCAUCCGUACUCCCAUGAGCUGCUGCGGCACCAUCAACCCUGGCUGUCUUUGGAGCACCAUGAUGCGCAUAAUAGCUGUGUAGUUGGUCAGCAAGCGAGUCCGGACAGUACAUCGCGUGCGUCGGAGAUAUCGUACGUCGGUCCGUCGGCGUCCUCCCCGCCGGUGACGGACGCGCGACACGACAUCGAACAGGAGCACGACGACGAUCACGAUAUCGAGCACGACGACGAAAACGAGCACGAGCCGAGCAUCAACCCCGGCUCCGACACCCUCGCGCACAAGAAACGCAAGCGACGAGUCCUCUUCUCCAAAGCACAAACCUACGAACUUGAAAGGCGUUUCCGACAGCAGCGAUACUUGUCCGCCCCAGAGAGGGAACACCUCGCCAGCUUGAUACGACUCACCCCCACCCAAGUGAAGAUUUGGUUCCAGAACCACAGGUACAAGACUAAGAGGGCUGUUCAGGAAAAAGGUGCUCAUGAUUUGAAUGUAGGAGGGUUGAACUCUCCGAGGCGAGUGGCAGUGCCGGUACUUGUGAAGGAUGGCAGGCCAUGUGUUGGCAAGCCUGAUGGUCUGCCUCCCUUGGGCAUGUCGUUACCUCCGUACCACCAGUCGAUGCAUCAUCAGCCCCCCGUAGCUGGGCACGCGCCUCAAGGUGGUGGCUGUUGGUGGUGAAAUAUAUGUUCUUAAAACGAGUUUCAAGUGAUUUACUAGUCCAUGUGUCACGGUUUGCAAAAAUCGGGUUUCGUUUGUUGCGAACUUAUUAUAUUUACUUAACAACUCCCUGACUUUAUACCGUAUUUUACAAACCAGUUUACAGUAUAAAUUCUCUAGUACCUAAUAUACCUAACUAAUAUCACGCUUUUUAAAUAAAAAUCGAUUUUUGGAAACCGUCGAUACUCAAAUUAUUAUGAGCAAAAUUUUCGUAGUUUUCGUUAUGAAAUUGUUAAAAAAGUAUUGUUCAAUUCAAAUAGUAACUCGAAUACGGCUAAAGAGUACAUUUAUUCGUACUUAGAUUGGAAAUUUUAAGGUAUCUGGAGUUCCUACUUAUUUGUAAUAUAAUUAUGUGUAAUAUUAAUGAGUCAAGGGAAAUUUUCAGUUAAGACGAGUGAGCGCCGUCGCAGGCGCACACUGUGAUGAUCACGCAUUCCAUUUUGAUUGGAGUUUGUAUAUUUGUGUAAAAACCUGUGUCACUUAGCUAAGUAAUUUUAUGAGAAAUGACCAGAUUUUAUCAGAAUGCAAUAUCUAGAUGUAAGUUUCAGUAUUAUCAUAGUCGAAUAUGCCUAGUUGAUAGUUAUUUAUGUAUAUUCAAAUGAAAGUUUUAUAUUAAAGUACGUUUACGCGUAUGAGUUUAGAUUAAGUUACGAUAAAUGUAUAUUGUGUACAUACUUGUGUGAUUAGUUACCGAGAAUGUAAAAUAUUCACGAACGGUAUAGAAAUUAUAAUUAUCUAGUUAUCUAUAUGCAUUCAUAAAUUGAUAUGAUGUUAGUAGAAAAUAUUAAAAUAAUACAUAUUCACUACGUACAUUAUAACCAUCAUAAUAUCAAUUUCCAGUGUUUAAGGUUGUCCCAUCGUAGACUACUUAAUAAAACAAGAUUGUAAAAAUGUGUUAUAUAUAAAUUAUUAUCAGAAUAUAUAUUAAAAUGAUUGAAAACUUA